AUGUCAUCAAUAGAGCAGGCGUGCCGGAGCAAAGUCCCCAACGUACCAAGAACAAACAUCAAAUCACUCCCCACAGAGCUGCUGCAGCACAUGCUGAGUGACCUAGAACCUCUAGAUCUGAUCCACUUUGCGCAGACGUGCCAUUCACUAAACUCCGCCAGCCAAAGGCAGCUAUCGAUCUACGCCAAGCUACGAGAGAAAUACCGCGUCACGAGUCUCCCAGCACGCCCUUCUCAUUCGGACUGGUGGUCGCUUUGGGACCAGAUCGAACGCGACAACGCCUAUCGAUACAUCGAACAUCUGACCAUCGCGCCGUCAAACUCAGAUAUCAGCGACGCCAGCCUCACAAGAAUAGAACAAUAUCCGGCAUUAAAACCGCGCAUCGAAGCAUUGCUGCAAACACUUGACGUUUCCAGCGGAGGGUGGUUCGCAGGGCCCACCGUCCGACGAUAUCUCACCAUCGGCUUCCUCAUGAGCCUUGUCAUUCCAUAUCUCCCGAACUUGCGAUCCCUGACUGUCUCGGAAAACCCGGCCAAGGGGCUGACGUUCGUCAUGUGCACGUUUUGUAAUAUGGAUCUGAUGGCGCGGACUUAUCCGGGUCGGUUUUUGAGGAAGUUGGAGACGGUGGAUUUGCCUGGGACGCGGUUUGGGAAGCUUAAGUGGCCUUUGCAUCCAUAUGGCCGUGUUGAUAGGAGUCGAUGA